CACAUGGAAGUUCCACUUUCUUCAACCUCUGCGAAGUCUCUCUGAAGACGACGGAGAGAGAGAGAGAGAGAGAUUAACGAUGGCGAGGAGUUACCGGUUUAGCUACCGGUUAUGCCUAAUCCUCCUCAUAGCCUUCGAAACGGCACGGCGUUUGACUUCCGCCGAUCCAAACGACGAGGCGUGUUUGAAAAAUCUCCGGCAGAGCUUGGAGGAUCCGGCGAGUAAUCUCCGGAACUGGACUAACUCCGUCUUCUCCAAUCCUUGCUCCGGCUUUACUUCUUACCUCCCUGGUGCUACCUGUAACAAUGGCCGAAUCUAUAAACUAUCUCUCACUAAUCUCUCCCUUCGCGGCUCAAUCUCUCCGUUUCUCUCCAACUGUACAAAUCUCCAAUCCCUAGAUCUAUCCUCGAAUCAAAUCGCCGGUGAGAUCCCGCCGGAGAUUCAGUUCCUCGUUAACCUCGCCGUGCUUAAUCUCUCGUCAAAUCGUCUCUCCGGCGAAAUCCCCCCGCAGCUUGCUCUCUGCGCUUACCUCAACGUCAUCGAUCUCCACGAUAACGAGCUCUCCGGCCCAAUUCCGCAGCAGCUAGGACUCCUGGCGAGGUUAUCGGCGUUCGAUGUGUCGAACAACAAACUCUCCGGCCAGAUUCCGACGUAUUUGUCGAACAGGACCGGGAAUUUCCCGAGGUUUAAUUCGAGCUCGUUCGUAGGGAACAAAGGAUUGUAUGGGUAUCCGUUGCAGGAGAUGGUGAAGAGCAAAGGAUUAUCGGUGAUGGCGAUCGUUGGGAUUGGGCUUGGGAGUGGAAUCGCGAGCUUGAUGAUUAGCUUCACUGGUGUUUGUAUUUGGUUGAGAAUCACUGAGAAGAAGUUGGCUGAAGAAGAAGGCAAGAUUAGUCAAUCAAUGCCUGAUUACUAAAAAGUUAAUCUCGAUUAUGGAUUUUGCUUAUAGUCUUAUAAUUAGUUUAAUCACGGCUUCGAAACAAGAAGAAGUAGAAGAUUCACGAAUUUCUUGGUGUGUGUGAGUUUUUUUGGUCUAUUCUUUCUUUUGGGAUUUUCCCUCUAUUUUUUUUUUUGGGUUUUUGAAAACAAAAAAUUACUACUUAUUGUGCUUCACUUCUAUUUUAAGGAAUGAGAAAAUUUUGUAACUUGGUUAUAUCAUCGAAGAUGAAGCAAAAACUGUUU